AUGAUAUACUCGUUGGAGCGGAAACCGAAGCCGAAAUCAGCUGAACAGCUUCAUGAUCAUUUGAAAAAGUUCUUCAAGUUAACCGACCUCGGAGAUUUGUCUUAUUUUCUCGGAUUGGAAGUUCAACGGAACGAAGGUAACUACAGUUUAACGUUGAAAGGAUACAUCGAGAAGCUAGCAGAGAAAUUUGGAAUGAUAAACGCCAAAGGUGCAAGGACCCCCAUGGAGACUGGAUACAUCAAAACUACAGAAGGAACCAAAGCCUUGGAAAACAGCGUCAACUACCGAAGCUUAAUUGGAGCUCUUCUCUACGUAGCAACUAACGCUCGACCGGAUAUUGCGGCAUGUGUAUCGAUUCUUGGGAGGAAACUAUCAUCACCAACCGAAGCAGACUGGACAGCCGCUAAACGAGUGGUUCGAUAUCUACUGGCUACCAAGGACUUCAAGCUGCAUUACGGGAGACCGCAAGAUCUCAUCGUUUAUUCCGAUGCUGAUUUUGCAGGAGAUGUUUCAACCCGCAAGUCUACUACCGGUUUCCUGUUCUUAAAGGCAGGUUCCAAGCGUGAGAAGGGCGAGGCACUUGUCAUCAAGACUGAACAGUUCCAGUACUCGGAAAUCCUGAAGGCGAUAAGGAGCUAUGCCAAGCUCGUGGAUCUGGAAGCCGACAUGCACAGAGUCAGAAGGGGUCGAGGAUCGCUUAAGUGCGACAAGGAGCGCAAUGGCGCCGUCUACAAAAGUCUGACGGAAGGGGACCUUGACAAGGGUGUCGAGGCUCUUACAGCGGAGGCGACUCUGAAGGUGAAGAACCUGGAUGAGGUCACUGAAGCGGUAGAGGUUGUCACUGCAGCAACAGUGUGA